UUGUCUUCUCCCUAUCAGAAUUUGACACGCUUUAUCUUGGAGAGUUGUGGAAAAAUAAAAUAUGUGUUUCCAUUUUCCAUUGCCAAAAGCCUCCAAACUCUACAAAGCCUUGAGAUAAGAGAUUGUGAGGUUUUAGAGGAGAUUGUUGCGGAAGAAAGGGCAAAAACUGUUGUUAAUUUUGCCUUUCCACAAGUUACCAAUUUGAGGCUUAAGAAUUUACCAAAGCUUACAGCUUUCUAUCCUGGAAUACAUACUUGUGAAUUGCCGAUGUUAAAAAGGUUGGUGAUCCAAGAAUGUGAAAAAUUCACUUCAAAAUGUCUAAGCUUCCAAGAACAUUCAUUUCAUAUUUCAGAGCCAAAAUCCAUCUACUUGGAACAUAAGAUCAACUCUAAUUUGGAGGAUUUGCAUUUAAAGGAUAAGUUGAGACAAAUUAGAUGGCAGAGUCGAUUUAAAAAUCUAGAGAUUGCAUAUGAUAAGUCAGCAAAUAUUCCACUUGGGCUUCUUCAGAGAUUUGGAAAUUUGGAAUCUCUUCAACUAGCUUGGUGUAGAUAUGAAGAAAUGUUCUCAUUUGGAAAGAAUGAGAAACAUAUGCAGAUCACUCUAGGACCAUUCUUAGCUUCUUUCCAGAAUCUUAAAGUUCUGAAUGUAAUUCGGUGCAGAGAGUUGACGAAGUUAAUGACACCUUCAACGGCUAGGAGCUUGGUGCAGUUGAGAGAAUUGAGCGUAGAAGGAUGUGAAAUGGUGAUAGAAAUAGUAGAAAAUGAGGGAGAUGCAACAACAAGUACUGAAAUUGUUUUUGAAAAUUUGAAGAAGUUGUUAUUUAGAAGGUUAGAAACUCUCAUAUGUUUUUGUUCUGGGAAUUACUCUUUUAAUUACCCAUCUUUGGAAGAGUUAAUUAUAGGAAAAUGCCCCAAUAUGAAGACUUUCUCUCAAGGAAUCUUAAGCACACCAAAGUUACACAAAGUCAAUUAUGAGAGCUUCGAUAAGACUAACAACAAGUGGGAGAAAAUAAAGGAGGUAGAGAAUGAGGGGAAUGAUCUUAAUAAAAGCGUACAAGGAGCAUACAAGAAACAGGACAUUUCCCUUGAUUCGAAGUAUAAGGCAUUCAAAGAUGUCAAUUCUACAGAGAUUUGGUACAACCAACAUCCAAAUUUCUUUUAUCAAAAUUUGACACACUUGUUCUUGUGGAAUUGUAGAAACAUAAAAUAUGCAUUUCCGUCUUCCAUAGCCAAAAGCCUUCACCAACUCCAACAACUAAAGAUUAGAAAUUGUAAAGUUUUAGAGGAGAUUAUUGCAAAAGAGGAGGAAGCAAAUGCAGUUAUCAAUUUUGUCUUUCCGAAUGUAGUCUUAUUGAAGCUUCAAAAUCUACCAAAACUUACAGCUAUCAGUCAUGGAAUACAUACUUCUAAAUGGCCAAUGUUAAAAGAGUUGGUGGUGAUAAAGUGUGAUAAAUUCACUUCAAAACAUAUGAGCUUCCAAGAAAAUGGUGAGGAGGGUGAACUUCAUAUUUCCGAGCCAAAAUCUCUCUUCUUGGAUGAUAAGAUCAAUCAUGAUUUGGAUGUAUUUGAAUUAAAGAAUGACGUGAAAGAGAUUAUCUGGUGGAGUCAAUCUAAAGCUCUUGAGAUCAGCUAUGAUGACUCAAUAGAUUUUCCACUUGGACUCCUUGAAAGAUUUGAAAAUCUGAAAGAGCUCAAACUAUUUUUUUGUUUUCAAUAUAAAGAGCUAUUCUUUCCAAGUCUUCCAAAUCUUGAAGUUCUAGAUUUAUUGGGUUGUAGAGAUUUGAUGAGUCUAGUGCCAUCUUCAGCUUCUCUCCAGAAUCUUGAAGUUAUGAGAGUUGGCCAUUGCAACGGCUUUAUGAUGAAGUUAAUAACACCUUCAAUGGUUAGAAACUUGGUGCAAUUGAGAGAAAUGAGCAUAAAGAAUUGUGAAAUAUUGAUUGAAAUACUAGAAAAUGAGGGAGAAGGAGAUGCAACAACGAGUACUGAAAUUGUUUUUGAUAAUUUGAAAAAGUUGUCACUUGAAAACUUAGAAAGUCUCACAUGUUUUUGCUCUGGGAAUUACUCUUUCAAUUUCCCAUCUUUGGAAGAGUUAAUUAUACAGAAUUGCCCCAAUAUGAAGACUUUCUCUCAAGGAAUCACAAGCACACCAAAGUUACUCAAAGUUAAUUAUGUGAGAUGGAGUGAGACUAUAAUGGUGGGGAAUCGGGGGAAUGACCUAAAUACAACUAUACAACAAGCACACAAAAAAGAGCCCUCAGGUUAUUGGUGGCCCGAUAAAGUGGAAAGAUUGACAUUAAGCGGAAGGGACAUCAUGUCAAUUUGGGAAGGAGAAUUUCAAGAGAGCUUUGGCAAAGUAAAAACUCUUCGAUUGAUUAAUGAUGCACAUGCAAACAUUCCAAUUCAAAUCCUUCACAAAUUUAACAGUCUUGAAUAUCUCAUAUUGAAAAUGAGUUCAUAUGAAGAGAUAUUCUCAUUUGAAGAGGAUGAGGAAUACAUUGGAAUACUCACAAAAUUAAAAAAUUUAGAAUUGUUUAGACUUUUAGAUUUAAAGUGCUUUUGGAAACAAGACUAUCGAUUGAACUCAAUUCUUCAAAAUCUUGUUUAUCUGAGGGUGGAAUCUUGUCACAAAUUGUCUACUCUAUUGCCAUCCUUAACAUCUUUUGAAAAUCUAACGACUUUGAUAGUAUGGUAUUGCAAUGGAAUGCAAAACUUAAUGUCAUCAUUAACAGCCAAAAGUUUGGUGCGACUAGAAAAAUUGUCAAUACAAAGCUGUGAAAUGAUGAUAGAAGUAUUUAGAAAUGAAGGAGAUAUAGAGAAAGGUGAAAUUGUUUUUGAGAAAUUGAAGGAGUUGAUAUUGAGUAAUUUAGAAAGUCUCACAUGCUUCUAUUGCUCCGGGGAUUACACCUUAAAAUUCCCAAAUUUGGAAGAAUUAUAUGUGAGUGAAUGCUCCAAGAUGAAGACUUUUUCUGGAGGAGGCUUAAGCAUGCCAAGAUUAAAGAUGUUGAACUAUAUAGAUUGUUCGGAGAAUGACAUUGAUAUAAUCAUACAACAAAUACAAAACGAUGGUUCAGAGUUCGUUGAAAGAUUUUCAAGACAAGAAGAUGACGACGAUGAUGAUUAGUUAGAUAAGACAUUAUAAUGGUCAUCAACACACAACAGAGCACAACAAAGUCACCUGUUAUCAGGCAGGAUCGAGCAAAGGCUUUUGAGAUUCUUAUCUAGGACCUUAAGGUUUUUUCACCCUUCAAUGAACCACUUUUCAAGGAGAUUACCCAGCUUCUUACUCUUGAUAACUUUAGGCAAAAUGGGCAGCUUUCCAAGUAUGGAAACACAAAAUUGGCUCGUAAUAUUAUGCUUGUAGAACUUAAAAAGCUAAUUGAAGCAAACCCCCUUUUCAUGACAAGCUUACAUUCCUAGCCUUCAAAAGUUCACAACUCAGGACAUUAAUAAACCAGAGUUUAAAUUGGCAGCGUCAACUUUGCAAGAAUCCUCGUCCAAACCCUGAUAUUAAAACACUCUUCACUGAUCAUUUUUGCAACCCUACAGCUAACAGAGCCCAUCCUCCUCCUACAAACAGCCCCCUCGUGAGACCAAUUCCUACAGCUGCCAUUUCAGAGUGUUGUUUCCCCGUCUCCUGGUGCUGUUGCUGGUUGGAUGCCAAAAAAUAGUCCUUCCUUACCUCACCUUACUACUGCAUUCUUGAAACAUCGAAGGAUGCCGACAGGUAUGACCGGGAUGGAUUAUCAAUCAGCUAAUUCAGAGCAUUUGAUGAAGUGUAUCCACACUGCCCAAUCUGAUGAUGUGUGGAUGAGUGUCUGUUGCUGGUGUAGCACAUACUCCCAAUGUAUAUUCUCAAGAUGACCUUACUAAAGCCCUUGUGCGAACCAUAAAUCAAGGAUCUAAUGUCAUGAGCAUGGACUUCCAUCCACAGCAGCAAGCUAUUCUUCCUGUGGGACAAUGUUUGUGACAUUAGCCUUCGGGAGGUGGGAUCCUGGGAAAGGCUGGCGCAUAAAUCUUUCAAGGUUUGGGAUAUAUCAGCUGCUUCAAUGCCAUUGCAGAGGCUUUGUUGAAUGAUGCUGCAAUAUUGAUGAAUCGGUGUGUUUGGGGGCCAGAUGGACUUAUGCUUAGUGUUGUAUUUUCGAAACAUAUAGUUCUGAUAUAUACUUACAAUCCAACCAGAGAACUAAGACAACACUUAGAGAUCGAUGCCCAUGUUGGUGGAGUUAAUGACAUUGCUUUUGUUCAUCCCAACAAGCAACUGUGUAUCGUUACAUGUGGAGAUGAUAAGACUCUUAAGGGUAUCAUCUUAAAAGGGUAUGGGAUGCUGUAGCUGGAUGCAGGCAGUAUACGUUUGAAGGCCAUGAAGCUCCUCUAUAUUCAGUCUGCCCUCACCACAAAGAAAAUAUUUGGUUUAUUUUCUCUACUGCCAUUGAUGGAAGGAUAAAAGCUUGGCGAUAUGAUUGCUUGGGAUCUAGAGUAGACUAUGACAAUCCUGGACACUGGUGCACCAUGAUGGCAUAUGGUGCAGAUGGAACCAGGCUCUUCUCAUGCGGAACAAGUAAAGAAGGCAAAUCUCAUUUAGUUGAGUGGAAUGAGAGUGAAGGAGCUAUCAAAAGGAUAUAUUCUGGUUUCAGAAAGCACUCUUUAGGUGUUGUCUAGAUUGAUACAACACGGAAUUGGUUCUUGGCUGCUGGUGAUGAAUUUCAAAUUAAAUUCUGGGACAAUACAAAAAUGUUGACAACUGUUGAUGCGGAAGGUUAGUCUUAGACUGAGAUUCGGUAGGGAAGGAUCUCUGCUCGCAGUUACGAGUAACAAUGGUAUCAAUUUUUAAUAUUGUUCCUUUGCAGCAACUAUUUCACAUCAAUUUUCUUUGCAGCUCAUGUUCCUUCUUUUCUGUCAAGUCAGAUGAUUAAAAGGCCAUCUUUCAUCUUUUUCAUUUUCAGUA